UGGCCUCCCGGACUGUGUCCGUGCGCUGCCUUGCCUCUGGCUUCCAUUUGGACUUGGCCGGUGGGAGGCCCCGGCAGGAGGGAGCGUGCGGGAGAGGGAGCGAGGUCGGGGGGUCUGUACUCCAGGGCCACCCCUCUGCGGGGCCACCGGGGUCGGAGGGCCCCUCUACCACACCCCUGGCUGGCGGAUCUCUCUCUCUGGGCUCUGGUGUCCACUCUGGCCUCUGCCCCGUCGGGCCCUGGGGUCGUGAUAACUCGCUCAUGUCGCUAGUCUUGGGCUGUGGCACCGUCUCUUCUGUGUUCCCUUAACCCGGCCCCGGGAGGCGCUUUGUCCAACACGCUUCAGUUUCCCAGCGUGGAUGGGCCAUCUCUGCCGGGACGUGGCGGUGCACCUGGCCCGGGAAGCAGGGGACGCAGGGCCACGCCGUGCCCGUCACACCUGCCCCAGCCAAGCGUGCAGCUGCCCGUCCCCACCAUGCUGGAAACUGCCUCUGCCUCUUAGGCUGGUACCUCUGUGAGCAGCGACAGCAGGUACAACAGUACCUGCCUCGGAGGCCGGUUCCAGUAAACUUAAAGCCCUUAAGGGGCGCCUGGGUGGCUCAGUCCUCUGAGCGUCGGACUUCAGCUCAAGUCGUGAUCUCACGGCUCAUGAGUUCGCCAGCUCCCCGUGGCGGGGAGGUGGGGUUCCCUGGCCUCAGUGGCUGGCUUGGCUGGUGCUGCCACUUGGAGAUGGGGCGACCGAGAGGGACUGCUGGGUUUGCGAGGCGGGGAGGGGAGAGGGAGAGAAGGAAGAAACGGCAACGCUGCGUCUCCUGCGAGGCAUCUGAGGGCCCGGAGGUGUGGCUGGGUGGUUGGCGCUCCGGGGGCAGAGCUUUCCGUCGGGGCCGUGGAGGCACCAGGCCCUGAGGCCCAGCGAGGAGGAAGCUCCCUGCAGACGCAGCCCAGCAGGCCCUGCGGAAGCCGCAGGCCCAGAGGAAGUGAGCAGCGUGGGGGGUGGGGGGACCCUGCCCUCCCCCGGCCCCUCCAGCCCCCAGGGUAGGAACUUACUUUUCUCUGGAAGCCGGUGAUCACGAUUUGAGCUCCGCGGCCUUCAUUUCAUGGCAGCCAGGGCCGGCAAGGCAGAAAUGGAGCCGGAAUCCUUGUACAACCUGCUGCAGCUCCCGAAGGCGGUGGGCCGGCCGGCGGAGGAGGAGCUCCCACAAGGAGAAAAGAAGAAGUACCUGCCACCCACCUCGCGGGGGGACCCCAAAUUUGAAGAGCUGCAGAAGGUGCUGAUGGACUGGAUCAAUGCCAGGCUCCUCCCGGAGCACAUCGUGGUCCGCAGCCUGGAGGAGGACAUAUUCGACGGGCUCAUCUUGCACCACCUUUUCCAGACGCUGACUGGGCUCCGGCUGGACGUGGAGGAGAUGGCUCUCACGGUCCCCAACCAGAGGCGCAAGCUGGAGGCCGUCCUGGAGGCGGUCAACCGCAGCCUGCAGGCAGAAGAUCAGCCGCUCAAGUGGAGCAUGGACGCCAUCUUCAACAAGGACCUGCUGGCCACCUUGCAUCUCCUCGUGGCCCUGGCCAAGCGCUUCCAGCCCGACCUGCCCCUCCCGACCAACGUCCAGGUGGAGGUGAUCACCAUGGAGAGCACCAAAAGUGGUCUCAAGUCAGAGAAGUCGGUGGAACAGCUCACUGAAUGCAGCACAGACAAGGACCCAGCUACCAGUGAGUACUUUUCCCACCGGGUGUGUGUUAAAACAGACGGGAGGAUGAAGGGUCACUUGCUGGGUGUUCUCUGCUCUUGCCUCUGCCCCCCGCUACUUGUAUCUCGAGCCUUCUUCUGCUCCAUUUGUCCCUUCUUCUCUCCAUCAGUCCGUCCCAGGAUCGGGCUGUUUCCUCUCACGAUACUGCUCGAACGGCAGGGAGAGGUUUACAGUUCCCGCCGGUGGUCAUGGUAGAGUUGUUAUGAACGUGUGGGCUCUGAAGCCGCAUGGCCCGGGUUCAGACACUAACGUGUCCUCUUGUUAGCCAUGUGAACUUGGGCAAGUGACGUAACCUGUCUGUGUCUCAGCUUUCUCAUCUGUAAAAUGAGAUUAAUAACGGCACCCACCUCUUGGACUGGUGAGGAGGGUUAAAAGAUGAUUUGUGAAUGUGUUUAGCCCAGAGUGGGUGCCCCAUAGUGACUGUGCAGGGGUGUGGCCACUUCUUUUGUGACAGACAUCUUCCCCUAUUGAGAGAUUGGUCCAUCCAUUUCUUCUUUCAUUCAUUCACUCAGUUGGCCUAGUCGGCUGUUCAUCCAUCCAUCCAUCCAUCCAUCCACCUACCCACCCACCAAUGUAUUCUUCCAUCCAUCCAUCCAUUCACCAAUCCAUCUGUCCAUCCAUCCAUCCAUCUACCUACCCAUCC